AUGGGAGCAAAGAACAGUAAAUCCACACAUAGUGAUCCAAUCGCGACUUCAUCAUCAAAAGACAUCCUAUUGUUUCCCAGAAGCGACAAAUCAAAUUAUAAUAAUUGUAGUUAUUUGUUUUUAGGACUCCAUGAUACAGGAAAAAGUACUGUGUUUUAUGGUCUUAAAAGUGUUUGUAUGGAAAUAACAGCAACCAAAUACGAACAAGAUGAAGAUUAUGAGCAUAGAUUGGACAAUUGUUGUAAAGAUAUUAUUGUUGAUAUAUUACAAAAUAUGAGAAUAGAGAUGUUUGGAAAGACCUAUUACUAUUCUAGCAAAGAAUCAGGUGCAACUUUUACACAUGAAUUAUUUGAUGUAGAUGGGUCAAGACCUGGCAGGUGGGGAGUAGAUAUGUGGGGUGAUGUUAUUCUAGUUUUUGCUUCAUUAAGUGAAUUUGAUCAGACAGUUCAGAAUGAUUAUAUCUACAAGUCCUCAACCAACAGAAUGGAAACAAGCUUAACAUGCUUUAAAGGGGUUGCCCGCCGUUUUGAUACAUACAGAUUAGUAUUAGUGUUAACGAAACCUGAUAUCCUAGUCGAGAAAAUUGACGCAUUCGAUACAAGCCGAGCAGUAAGUUUGAAGAUUAGACCUGAACUUUGUCACAUCCCAGAUAAGACUGUGAGAAUGGCAGUGAAUUUUAUGGUCAAUGAAUAUCACAAGGCAUUUAUCGAAACACCUCCUUAUAUGCAAGAACAGAAAUUUAAACCUUUUGAAUAUCAUAUUGUAAACUCAUUGUCCGAUUUCGAUAUUCAACAGUUUAAGAAAGUAUUACUAAUUUCCAAACCAAAUCAAAAAUUGAAACGUUUCAUUUCUCCUUCACUUUACGUUACAAAUGACAAAAAGAAUUUUCCAUUAACGCUUCUUAAAAGAAUCAAGGAUAUGCAGCUGUGUGAUAUAAUGUUGCAAUUGUUGAAUUAA